AUGGAGAAUACCACACUGUCACGCGAGCAGCAGAGCGACAUCCUCAACCCCCCACAGCAAUGUCACGGCUACAUUACCAAGUUGCAGAACCUUCCCGAAUUUCCUUUUGCCCACCCCGGACCACUCUACGCCAUUCGAGGCUGCAACCACUACAUGUGCCGUAGUUGCCUCACCGCACAAUACACGCAAGCCGGCGACGUACAAACCUCCUGCGUAUGCGGCAACCCAGCCGAUGUGCUCAUCGUCCAAGACAUCAACCCCUACCUGUCACCGGCCUACCUAUUGUACAUCGACCUCCUCGAGAUCUUCAACGUCGACUCCGCCCUCUUCGCAGGCAACACCGCUAUAAGCAUCGACACCGCAGUCGCCUUGGCAGUCUUCGACGCCAUCUACACCCCAACCCUCGAAACCGUCGCUCUCUCCCUAGACAACAUACCCGCAGAGUACCUAGCCAGCCAAAUCCGCAUCUGCAUCAACAGCUGGGAGCCCCACUUCUUGAUCACCCCCCUUCUAGCUAUAUCUGGACUCCACAACUGUCUCCAGGAUACGUUUUGGACACACAUGGUACGCGUGCCGGGAGCGCGGUACCACCACCUUGACGGCAUGUUUGGGGACAACCAAGCGGCUGAGUUUAGGGGACGGCACCUAUUGAUCAUGGCGAUGCUGAAGGCCGAUCCUUUGCUUGAGCUUACGUAUUGCAAGUGGGAGGAAUGCUUGAAUCGGUGGGGUGCGGUGCUUGCGAAGUGGUGGUGGGAUGGGUUUAGGGUGGAGAAUCAGUGGGAUGUUGCGGAUGUGAGUGGGUGCUGUUAA